AUGGCGCUGCAAGCGGUGCGGAGCGUGCGGGCCGCGGUCGGCAGCCUGCGCGCCAUCUCGGCACCCCGCGCGCCCUGCUCGCCGCGGCCAUGGGGAUGGGUAACAACAGAAAACGGUGUUGGAACGGUGGGAAUCAGCAAUUUUGCACAGGAAGCUUUGGGAGAUGUGGUUUACUGUAGUCUGCCUGAAGUUGGGACAAAGUUGAACAAACAAGAGGAGUUUGGUGCUUUGGAAAGUGUGAAAGCUGCUGGUGAACUCUAUUCCCCUCUAUCAGGAGAAGUAACUGAAAUUAAUACAGCUCUAGCAGAAAAUCCAGGACUUGUCAACAAGUCUUGUUAUGAAGAUGGUUGGCUGAUCAAGAUGAUAUUCAGUAACCCUUCAGAACUAGAUGAACUAAUGAGUGAAGAAGCAUACGAGAAAUACAGAAAAUCUAUUGAGGAAUGAAAAUGGAACCCCUAAAUAAACUACUUUGAAACAACUUAAUCUAGCAUAGUUGUCUUAAAUUAGUGGUGGAUAGAUAUUUAAAAAGCAACUUUUAGCAAAAGAAACUACUUGUAACAAUGUUUCCUGAAGAAAAUACCCCUUAACUUUCUAAUGCCUUCAGAUAAACACUGUGUAUCUUUUCCACAGCAUCCUGUGAUUUUUAGGCUAGGCUCCAGUUAUAAUAUUCAGAAUUCCUGAAAUUAUCUCUGAUAAAACUAAUUAUAAAAAUUAUGUAAUUCAAGGAUAACAUGGUUAUCUUAUACCUUAUAUGACAUUGUAACUUGCUUACAGCUAUCCUUGGAUUUGGGUCAAAAUGAUCUUCCCACUAGAAAUAACUGCCAGUGGAGAAAAGUUUGUUAGUUGUAUAGUGUCCAGUGAAGAAUAUUACUGUCUUAAUUUUGCAAUAUACUGUGUUUGCUGGUGCUAUUUUUAUACAGUGAAGCAACAGCCUUGCAGGAGAAUAAACA